AUUCUAUUGAUAGAACGUUUGCGGCCCUAUGAGAAGCUUGUCCUUCAAAUUACUGUGACAAAAUCAAUCAGUUAUUGUUGCUUAGUAUAGUGUAUGAAGGGGUGUGUAUAGUGUAGGCAAUUGGGCCUCCUUGAAUAGACAGACCUUUGAAGAUUGAUAUAUUUGCCAAUUUGGCCCAUUUUUUUUGUGGGUGUUUUGGAGAAGUAUUAAAGAGAAGAGUUGUGUUGCAGAGAGGCUGAGAUUAGUUGUUUUUUUGCUUGCUCUGUGUGUUAAGAUGGGUCGUGCACCUUGUUGUGAUAAGGAUGGUCUUAAGAAAGGGCCAUGGACUCCUGAGGAAGAUCAGAAGCUUAUGGAUUACAUUAAACGCCAUGGCCAUGGAAGCUGGCGUGCACUUCCUAAACAUGCAGGACUUCUGAGAUGUGGGAAGAGUUGCAGAUUAAGGUGGACAAACUACCUCCGACCUGAUAUAAAAAGAGGGAAGUUUUCAUUCGAGGAAGAACAAACUAUAAUUCAACUCCAUGGAGUCAUGGGAAACAAAUGGUCUGCUAUAGCUGGGCACCUUCCUGGAAGGACAGACAAUGAAAUAAAGAACUAUUGGAACACCCACUUGAAAAAGAGGCUUCUUCAGAUGGGAAUAGACCCUGUGACUCACAGGCCAAGGAUGGAUCUCUUUGAUUUCUCCAACAUGAGUCAUUUUCUGGGUGCACCUUCUCUGAGCCACAUGACUGCUAGGUGGGAGAACGCCAGGCUGCAGGAAGCCAUGACCAGAGAAUACAUGAGGAUUUAUGCAGCUUUGAUCCAGCAGCAGGCUGAUCAAUACAAUCACAGUGCAGGAGGCACAAUUAGUCCAGACCUACUCUUGAGAUCCCACCUUGAGAAUCCCUUGUCUAGGCCAGAUGCUAAUCUUAUUAACAAUUAUAUCAUGUCUCAGACAUGGGCUCAAAACCCAGAGAAUCAGCAGGGCUCAUUAGAAUACAAUGCCCAAAUCUCUCAGGUUAUAGAACAGUUCCAAGCCCAAGCUCAAAUCAUGAAAAAUGUGCAGUAUUCAUCACCCACAUCAACCCUGAAUGGCCUUAGCACACCUUCCAACAUAAAGCUAGAAAACCAAGGUAUUAUUACCAAUGAUGGAACCCAUGAUCAGGCUACCCUUCUCCCUGAGAUGAAAUUUAACACAAGUGAGGCCUAUGACAAUAUGGUGAACUCUUCCUUAAUUUUGCCCACCAUGAAAAGCCAGGACCUUAACCCACUACUGUGGCCUGAGGACAACUUGUAUAGAAUGUGUAAGAGUGAUUCAGAGUCUGUACCAGCCCUUAUAUCCUCCACAUCCUCACCAAACAUAUUCAGUGACUCUGAUUUGGUUGCAGAUAAUUCCUCUUCCUCCAUGUUAAACAUGAACAUGAGCAGUACUACUACUAGUUCUCCCACUGCUACUAACAACAAUGGCUCAUAUGCAUUCCCACCUGAGUUUCUCUUGGAUUUCCCAGAAAACUCCAAGCAGAAAGAAGCACUAAUGUCAAAACCAGCGUCAGGAUCAGCAUCAUCCUCUUCAUGGCAAGAUGUGCAAAAUUAUUCAGAAGAUGGCAGAGAUUACUGGUGUAAUAUGCUCAAGUAUGUUGCAGAGAACACCGUGACCCACAAUUCAGGAUUUGAGAGCAUGGGAGCUCAGUAGAGAGUGGAGAGACAGCAAGAUCAAUAAGAAAAUAGUAUGAUCUAUAGAGAGUGAUCUGUAGAGUACUGAAUUCAUGUACAUGGGCAUUGGGUGUACAAGUCUAACAGUUUGAUUCAUUUAUAUUUUUUUUAAGAAUGCAGUAUUGUGUACAAAAACCAGUUUUUUGGGGUAAUCCAAAGGCACUGCAUCAUUUGCUGACUGGCCUGCCUUCAUGGAUCUUAAAAUGUUCUGUAUACUAUUCUGUGUUCAGAUUAGGAUUGGUUACAUGUACUUUAUCAUCAUUUCAAGACUUUUCAAUGAAUUCUACAUUGUUGAAAUUCUAACGGCACUGCUUUUUGAUUCAAA